AUGACGGAGACGUGGAUCUCAACCGAUGUUUCGUUUUAUUUAUUUCUCUGCCGUGUCGCGCAACGAACGCCGGAACGCGCGCUCAUCACUAUAUAUACACGCCAACACCACAAAAAUGUUGACAUAACUAUACACGAUGAACAUGCGUGUAAUACGUACAUUAGAAGGAAACUUACGACGACGACGACGACGACGGCGUUUAAACGAGACGAACAUGAUCUCCAAACUGCCAUUAAAGUUCCAUUCGAGGACCCACAACUAUACUUUGACAGCGGGGAGGAUGGUUUUCCAGCAUUUGGUAUUAAACCUGGAUCUGAUAUAAAAUCACCGUAUCGGUUGUUCCUUCCUGAAAAAUUGUACUCGGAAUUCUCCAUCGUGGUAAAUUUCAAACUAAAUUCUAUGGAAGGUGGUUUUCUGUUUGCCGUUGUCAAUCCUUUAGAAAACGUGGUUCAGUUGGGCGUGCAGGUUGUACCAUUGUCGUCGAGCGCGAUGAACGUGAGCUUUCUGUAUACGGACGUUAACAAAUACUCAUCGUCGUCAAACGUCUUGGCCUCGUUUUCGGUACCGUGGAAGAUUCGGAAAUACRUACGACUGAGCUUGAAGGUGACCAGAGAGUACGUGCGAUUGAUUGGUAGGUGUAUAGAACCACAAACCGUGAUGGUGGUCAGGGAUCCGGUAGAACUGUUAUUCGACUCAGCGUCCACGUUGUACAUUGGCCAGGCAGGGCCUCUGAUCAAAGGACCGUUCGACCUACUAACCRAACCGUAG